CUGAGUUCAGCCAAAGAGCGUCCAGAGACACAAGAGCAGAGGCGCCUCACAGACAGAAAAGGGAGGCGGAGCAGCCAACCCUCCUCGCGCAGGCGCACUUAUGUGGCAGCCCGCCUCCUUUCUCAGGCCGUUGUGAGUGGCGGAGACCGGCGCGGGCAGCUUGACUGUUCGAGCUUCUUCUAAUGGCGGCUCCGUCCGAGCUGAGUAGCUCAGUCGAGCGCUGGAGGAGACGCUAUCUGGCAGGAGAGGAUUAUCCUUUGGAUGCAGUGCAAAGCAAAUGUAGACGUAGAAGAGCCCUAAUGUCUGCAGAUAAAAUGGACAGCACAUUUGAUGAAACCAUUGCAUCUUUACUCAUGAAUUCCUCAUGGUCAAAACGUACCUCAUGUGGAAGAAAGAACAAUAAAAUACCAAUUUCUGACUUGUCAAAUAAAUUUAAAACCUUGGGUCGGCUAGAUGAUGACUUGGAUUCUCUACAUGGUUCAAAUCAGCUUGACCUACAGCCAGAGUUCAUUGAAGAUUUUCUUGAAAGUAAUGAAAUUCAAACUGCACGUACAUAUUCAGAAACAGACAUUACUUUGCCAUCUAGUUUGAUGGCGGCAUCUUGUAUUUAUGGUAGUGGUGGCAAUGUAAUAAGGGAGACUGUGAGCAUCCCUGAAUCCCAAGUGAUAAAUGAACAAAGGCUGAUACCAUCUCAGUUCAAUGAAAUUUACCAUGAAUUGUCUAUCAUACAUCAAAAACUGCAGCAAGAAAAGCUAGUUCAGCAAGAAUAUGCUUUGAAACUUGAAAAACGGGAGCACUUCUUAGCUGAACGAGAAGCCCUGCUGUGUAGACAUGAAGCUGCUUUGCUCAAGAUAAGAGGUGUUGAGGAGGAAGUUCAUACAAAAUUUCAAAUUAUGAAGGAGCAACAUGAGGCAGAAAUUCAGCAGUUGUCUGAAGCCUUGAAAGAGAAAACAAAGGAAAACAAAAGGCUUAAGUCAUCAUUUGAUACUCUAAAGGAACUGAAUGACACCUUAAAAAAACAGUUAAGUGAUGUAAGUGAACAAAACAAGAAGUUGGAAGUCCAAGCUCGAAAAGUACAAGCUCGUUUAGAGAAUUUGCAGAGGAAGCAUGAAUUUUUAUCAAUACAGAAGUCUAAAGAAACUUCGCAUGCAUCCCAGGAGCAUAAACCUAUUAAAUCAGAAAAAGCAACAUCAAAAGCAUAUAAGAUACUUAAUUCACACAUCUAUGACCUUUUAACUAUACUAAUGGACUGGAUCUCGGAUCAGCACCUUAGCAUACUGAUAAAAGAAGAGGAGAGAGAUGUUCAUAAACUGUCAGGCACACUUGCUUCCAACAGAAGCUAUACACAGGAGAAGUGUAUUAAGUUCUUGCCUUUGGUUGCUGAGCAACUUCAGUGGAUGCCUUUUGUGAAUCCUACCUUGCACAUGCAUGUGGUUAAAUUUAUUUACUGGACUAUAAGGCAGUUAGAUAGUGGGGCACAGUUUGCAGCAAUGAUAUCAUCAAUGAGAAGAUUGGGUGAAGAUCUAUUUAAGGGUGUCAUAUCUAAGGGAAGUCAAUAUAUUUCUUCUGAACAUACUACUGAUCCUAAACCAAAGUCAGCAGCUUUCUUUAAGAGCUGCAACUUACCUUUAAGAUUUGUAUCCACUCUAAUUAUAAUCAAAACAGUGACACAAGCUGAUUACCUGGCUCAAGCCUUUGAUUCACUUUGCAUGGACCUGAAGGGAGAUGAAGGGAAGACCUUGUUUUUGGAUUACCAAGCACUGCCUAUCAUAUUAAGUCACAUAAGAAUGUCAAGUAAAGGCCUGCUUUCCAAUGCCAUUGACAGUUUACUUCAAAUGACAACAGAAUCCAAGUUUCUGCACCGAUUUCUAGAAGCUUGUAGUAAUGAAUCCUUUUUCCAUACUUGUUCAGUACUGCUUCGAAACCCUAAACUAGAUACUCCAAUACUGGAAAAACUCAGCAUUCUACUGCAAAAGCUGUCAAAAAUUAAGAGUAAUAAGAAGAUGUUUGAGCUGUUUACUAUUCACCUGAUGAUUCAAGAACUACAAAGGACAACACAUCCGGAUUGUGCAUUUUUGUGUAUUAACCUCAACUCAAUUCUCUUUAAUUUGGGUCUGACAAAAAAGAAUGCUCUUGCAAAUAGUCUAAGUGCAAGUCAGUAAUAAGCUGCAUUUUAUUAAGGUUUGUUUCUCAUAGCUUGUUCAUGCUAGUGGAUAAAGAAGAUGUGACAAAUCUGUUAAGAAUUUGUCACAAUGGGUGCCCUCUCUUUUACCAAUAUACUCUUGAAAAGGAGGGGUUCACCAUUUUUAUGAAUCUGAAUACUGGGGUGGUUCCUUUUUGUAUUUAUGUUAUGAGUUGAUAGUGGUCUUGAUCCAGAGUGAUUUGUGCAAGGAGCAGAACAGUUCCUCUUCCUGAUCUUCCUCUGCAGCAGAUCGUUCAGGGAGCCUUGUGUGCAGCUCCAAAUGCAGCAGUGUGUAGACCCUUUUGCAUAAGCAGUUCCAGUAGGGCAGGGACAACCAAAUUCUUUAGCCUGGGGAGCUAGAACCUCCUGAGCUAAAAAGUCACCACUAUUUCCCCUGUCGCCUGCAUGCCAGGGAGUCUGAACCUCCCAGCUGAAAAACCUUGUUGCUAAACGAGAGGGUGUCACAGAGUGCAUCAUUUAGAGCUGACAAGAGUGACACACACCUGGGAAAGGAGCAGGAUAGCAGUUCUGUCAUUUGCCUGGCUUCCCUCUCAGUUCAUCAAGUGCUCUCUCUCUUUCACUCACUCACUCACAUCACGUAAUGAGAAGACAUUCCAGAGCCUUCUGUUCUGCAGAGCCUUCCUGGAUGCUCUCCCAUUGUGUAGCCUAAUGAAUUGGGAGGGAAGGCCCAUGGCACUGGCACCCCAAAAGGCAGUGCUGCUCUCCUGCUCUCUAGCCUCCCUCCUUCAUUGCCCACCACCUGUGCCGGGUGGAAUGGGGGCAUCAGAAAACUUGAGGGGACCACCUGCAGGCCAUUCCUGUAAUAGGGGGUGCAUAUUCAGAAGCCUUUAUGAAUCAUUUGAAGUCAAUUGCCAGCUUAUUUACUAACAAUCAUCCUCAAAGUUGUAUCAGUGAGUUUUUAUACGAUCAUUUCAAUUUGUACAUGAACUCUUAAAUGUUAAAUACUGUCUGUUAUAAACAAAACAUCUAAUUAUUGAAGUCAUACUCAAAAGAACCUGAUAUUUCUUCCUGAAGCCUUUUAUAUUCUGGAUACUUGAAUGUUCAGUAAGGUAGUUUUCAUUUUCUCCAAGUGUAUUUACAGGCUUUCACUCUGCCUUACUGAUUCAUAAUUCUUUUGGAGUGUCUUAUUUGUGUAUAGCAUUUUAAUGUAAUAAUAAAGCUUCUUAAUUAUGUUGA